AUGUUCUGUCCCGAGUCGCCAUUACUGCUGGCCAGAAAGAACAAGAUCGCCGAAGCGCGGCGCGCCCUCGCCAUCCUUCGCAACGCAGACACAAACUCAUCGGAAGUCGAUGAGGCUAUGCUUGAUAUUGAAACCCACAUAGCAGAUCAGCACGUCAACGGAAGCGCGCGGUUUGUUGAGUGCUUCCAAGGGACGGACCUGAGACGCACCCUCAUCGGCGUGGUCAUGUCUUUCUUCACGAUAUCGACUGGCAUCACCUUCUGGUUCGGCUACGGGACGACCUUCUUUGCAGCUGCAGGCGUCGACAACUCGUAUUUGAUAUCCCUCAUUCUCGCGAUUACCAACUGCGUUUUCACGGCGCCGUCCAUGUAUCUCAUCGAGCGUCUGGGAAGACGAAGAUCCCUGAUCGGGGGCGGUGUUCUCAUGGGAAUUGCCCAACUGCUGACCGCAAUCAUUCACAACGCUGCUCCGGACAGCAAGGCGGAUAAGACGAUGUUAGUCGUUGGCGCAGUGUUCUUCAUCGCAUCUUAUGCGCCGACUUGGGGGAUCGGGGGUUGGCUACUAAUGGCAGAGCCGUUUUCAGACCGCGCGAGAAACCACCAAUCGUCCAUCGUUCUGACGGCAUACUGGAUCAUCACAUGGCUCGUUGGCUUCGUCACGCCGUACAUGGUUGAUGAGACUGCUGGAAACCUGGGAGUCAAGAUCUCCUAUAUCUGGUUCGGUAUGACCGUGCUGUCCCUUGUGUGGGCCUACACCUGCGUUCCGGAGCUUGCGGUGCUUUCAAGAUUGGAGAUUGAUAAGCUGUUUGAGGAGAGAGUCCCUGCGUGGCGGUCAAGGGAGUGGCAGAGACAGCUUCGAACUAUUCAAGCCAUCGAGGCAGAGUCGGACAAGGGUCCUACCGUUGAGGAGAAGAUGCCAUGCAAAGAGUAA